CAGAGCUGGGAGUCGCUCUUUUGCAAACUUUUCACUCUCUAAACGAAAAUCCAGCGGCUUUUAUGUAACGUGUUUAUGGCGGCGGUAUUUAUUUCUUGUGUUUCCGCUCGACACGUACCGUGUUUUGUCGUUUUUACGGUGUUGUUACAAGGCUAAAUUAGUUAGCUUGCGGUUGGUUAGCUAGCUGUAGUAGUUGCCACCUGUAGCUAGCAUCACAAUAAACAAUGCACAGCUCUGUGAUUUAUUGUGAGGAGGGCAGCUUGAAUUGCUUGAGUUGUGUUGUUUUGUCGGUCAGAUAGCUUUCUGUGUCUAUUUGUUGUUAAAGUAACAAUGACAAAGCUUUUAUUUUCGCUAGCUAUGUCAAAAAUAGAUGUUGUAACGUUAAAGAAAGUUCCGAAUCCGCCCAGUUUGUCCGUUAAUCUGAUUAACGUUGCAGUUAACAGAUAACAGUUAAUCGUCAGAUUUGCAGAGUCGGCCGUUUUACAGUAAAUCUAAACUGUACCAAACUAUGGAUACAUCCAGCGGCUCGGAGUCUCUGGACAGGACGCCGGUGCACAGACCCCGGGGGCGGGGAGACCACCGCAGUGCUGGCCGGGAGAGGGGCAGGGUCAGCGGGAGAGGAGGUGAUGGUCGAGCCGAGGAGUUCUCCGAGAAGAUCAGCACACUGGCGAGCACUUUACAGGACACCAGCAGGAACUUGACCAAAGUGGACCGGAUGCUGGGCCAAUACAGGGAGCAUCGAGAUGAUCAGGCUGAGGAAUUGGCACUGCUCAAGGAGAACCUGGAGGAGUCAAUCAGUCAGCUGCGGACUCAGAGGAUGAGCAGAUCCAACGGGGCUCGGAGCGCUUCGGCCUCGGCCUCCACUCUGCACACCAGUGACCUGGAGGAUUUCUCAGGAUCAGAUGGUCAGCGUUUCUUCCCUACAUCUCCUCUGAAGGACUACACGAGCACGCCAGGACGGAGGAGGAGGUCUCAGUCUGCCGGCGUUCGCUUCAGGGAUGCCGGUCUGACAGGAGAGGAUAUUCACACUUUGCACCAAUCCAUGAGGGAUCUGCGCUGUGACCAGCAGAGAAUAUCGGACGACCUGGAUCGAGAAAUCCUCAGGAGAAAUAAGUCUGAUAUCGACACCAGGCGAGCGAUGGAGAGCCUCACAGAGCACAUGACAACCUACCCGAGGCAGACUGCGGUGUCGUCUCGUGUGGAGCGGCGUCUGCAGGAGCUGGAGAGAGAGAUGCACAGCGAGCAGAGCGGCGUGGCGAGAGAGAGGAGGCCUGAUCAGCGGGCGGCCGUGUCUGACGAGCUGCAGGAGACUUCAGGGAGACGUCAAGUUCAAGGCCUUGAGAGAGAGGAGGCCCUCACAGCCCGGCUGCUGAAGGCAGACAGGGAGAAGACCAAGAUGGAGCAGGAGCUGGAGAGAGCGAGAAGACGUCUGGAGCAGUCUGAGGACAGCAGAGAGUCCCUCGUCCAACAGGUGGAGGACAUGCGCGGUGAGCUGCUGAGGACGAAGAGGGAGAGGACUGAGCUGCAGAGGGCCCGACCGGAGACUUCUCAGCCACACGGCAACCACUCGGACAGGGAGGAGGGACAGCGAGGGACAGGUACCGGAUUUAAGUCUGGAGAUCGUUUGAGCCUGGAGAAAGAAGUGGCGGAGCUGCGAGCCCAGCUGCGCACAGCCUCGGUACUCGGUGAGGUUGAAGAACUGAAGAGGACUCUGGACCGCAAGGAGAAGGAGAGGGUCCAACUCAGCUUACAGGUGGAGGAAUUGUCAUCAGACCUGGCGCGACGGGAGCAACAGCAGCUCCGAAUGCUGGAGCAGUUAAAGGAGAUGCAGAGCCGAGGGCAGGCGGAGAGGAGGGAGACGGAGGCGCUGCUCCAGGAGAGCACGAGGAGCAGAGACGAAUUGAAGGCCAGGGCCCAAGAGGCCGUGCGGCAGUGGAGGGCGAAGUGCAGGAGGCUGCAGAAGGAGCUGGAGGAGUCGAGGGCUGAGGCUCACUUCCACACCGACAAGGCCUCGCAGGCAGCCAGGGAAAAGGAGAGCUCUCAGGCCCAGCUGAAGGCGCUGAGCCAGCAGACCGAGGCCGCCCGCAGGGAGCUCGCUGAAAUCUUAGGCCGCUUGGCCCAGCGCGAAGAAGAGCUCCACCGCAAGGACGUGGAGCUGUCCGAGACCCGCCAGCGCCAGCUGUCACUGGAGCAGGAAAUCCGGGAGGUGAGGGAGGCCUCGGCUGCCCUGGAGGAGGAGACUCGGUGUCUGGCUGCCGUCCAGACGAGACUGAAGGAGGAGAACCAGAGGCUGGAGGAUCGAGCUGACACUCAGGCCCGUCGCCUUCAGAGGGACCAGGACGCACAGGCCGAGCUCCAGGCCGCCCUGAAGGAGAUGACCUCGUCCCGUUCUCAGCUGCUCCAGCAGCUGGCCGAGGAGGAGAGCUCCAAGAAGAAGCUGGAGGCCCAGCUGACGGCGGUGCAGGAGGAGCGGGCCGCACUGGGCCAGCAGCUGCAGCUGGAGAGGGAGGUGCAUCAGAAAGAGCUGGACAACACAAAGGCCAUGAUGGAAGACAGCAGGACAAAGAAGUAUCGGGAAGUUCAGGACACGCUCAAGAUCUGCCGUCAGGAGCGAGAUGAAAUACAGGCACACCUGAAGGAGGUAAAGGCGGAUGCAGCAUCGGACAAGGAGCUGUGUGCGGCGCUGCACGUCAAGUUGGACAGGAUGAAGGAUGAGUGUGAUAAGCUGGCAGCACAGCUGAGCGCCAAAGACGAGACACACGCACUCCUCCACAGAAAGUACCAGCUACUCAAACAGGAACUGGAUGACAAAGUCAGGUCAGGUGAGCGGAGACGUGCUUCAGAGUCGGAGUUCGUUAAGCUGGAGGAGAAGCUGUUACAGAUGGAAGCGGAGCAGGAGGCCGUCCUCACCUCCAUGGGCGAGGAACUGGAUGCAGCCUGUCGCAGCCUGGCGAGGAACGGUGAAGACAAACUACAGGCGAUCUCCCAGAAACCUGGAUUAGUAAAAGACCCUCACCGCUGGUUGGCUGAGACAAAGACCAAGAUACGCUGGCUGUGUGAGGAGGUGCGUGAGUGCAACACGAGAGAGCAACGCCUCAGGAAGCAGCAACAACAGAGCAGGGAUCAGCUGAAGGCCCUCAGGCAGAGCCGCGACUCGGAGCAGGAGGCUCUGGUGCAGCGCCUGGACCAACAGGAGAAGCUGCUGCAGUCCCUCAGCGCUGAAAAGAGAGAGCUGCUGGAGCGAAGUCGCAGGAAGGAGGAAGAAAUGAGGAGCCUUCAGGAUCGUGUUCUGGAUCUGGAGAUGAACACGAGAGUCGCUCUGGAUCACUUGGAGUCGAUUCCUGACAAACAGUGUCUGAUGGAGAACUUCAAAGAUUUGGAGGAGUCUCAGCGGCAGAGGGAGCUGGUCGAGCAGCGCUACACCAAAUACAAAGAGAUCGUCUGGGACCUGCAGCACCAACUGGACGAGUCCAAACGCAGGAUCCAGGAGUACAGAGACGAGAAGCUGGACGCCACCUCCAGGAGCCUGAGACUGGCUGCUCUUUCCUCCUCCAUGAAAGGCUCCGGCACUCUCCGUAGCAGCUCGCCGAGAUCCGACACACUGACUUUUCACAAACGCCUGACCACUUCAGACUUGGAUGACUCCCAAGUCAACGGGGCCAAACCCCUCACAGAUUAGCUCAACCUCAAGUGAACCUUUUUCUAUAUCUCUACCAACC